UCGUUUACGUGGGCGUUGUUGCCAGAACGCUAGGAGGUAGAAAGACGAACCAUUAUUUUCCAAUGUAUUUCCACGAAACAGAGGAUGACAUGCCUUUCAAGUCGAGUCGCGACAGGUUCUACAGUACACGGUGCUGUGGUUGCUGUCAUGUCAGGACUGGAACCAUUAUCCUAGGGACCUGGUGCAUGGUGGUAAACCUGUUGAUGGGCAUUAUCCUGACAGUGGCAGUGACUCAUCCCGAUAAUGUACCUACUGUUGACCUGCAGUAUGAAGUCAUUGAACAUUACUUUGUCUCCGAUAGGAUGGCAGAUAGGAUGGCAGAAAAUGCCUGUGUUGGGUUUGCAAUUUCUUUGCUGAUGUUCACCAUCAGUGCCAUGAUGGUGUAUGGAGCCAUUACUCAUCAUGACGGAUGGUUGAUUCCUUUCUUCUGCUACCAGUUGUUUGAUUUUGCCCUCAGUUGUCUUGUGGCCAUUAGCUCCCUUACCUACCUUCCUAGGAUUAAGGACUACCUAGACCAGCUGCCUGACUUCCCUUACAAGGAUAACAUGCUCUCUCUGGACUCCAGCUGCCUGCUGCUUUUCGUCUUGGUGUUGUUUGCUUUUCUCAUCAUCCUAAAGGCCUACCUGAUUAACUGUGUUUGGAACUGCUAUAAGUACAUCAACAACAGGAACUUGCCAGAGAUUGCCGUUUACCCUGCGUUUGAAGCUCCCCCUCAGUAUGUUCUUCCCACCUAUGAGAUGGCUGUUAAGAUGCCAGAGAAGGAGCCCCCACCUCCCUACAUGCCUGCUUGAAGAGCCUGCCUCAUUGUAGAUUAUACUCCGUCUGAACCAGCUUCUUGUUUUAACCUUGCAAUAUCUUUUUAGAGACUAGGGAUAUUCUGUAAUCUUUGAAAUCCAACAUUUAUAGAGAUGAGUUUUCUUAAUAAUACAAAUUAUAAAAUGAAAUAAAAUGUGAAAGUUGUGUGAACAAGAAAGCCAGAAUGGAAGCGCAGAUAUUUCUAAGAUCCUUGUUCCUCUUUCAAUCUAUUUUUGAUGUCUUAGCAAAUGAUCGUAUAAUAUUAACAUUGCCUGAAUGCUGAUCAUUAAGUAUUUAAGAAAAUGUCCUCUCCUAGUGACGUUUGUAUUAAUAAUGAAAAUAUUCUUAAGACAAUCCGUGUUUUAACAUUUUAAUAAUACUGUUUAAUUUCUUUCUUUUUUUCACAUUUUGUGGUUUUCAUUUUGUAUUUUAAUAUUUUCAGAUUAUGGUACUGUGAGGGAUCUUUUGCACUUUCAUCAGAAGUAUUCAGCCUUUUUGUGUGUAUGACAUGUUUGUUCUUUGUUGCCUUUUGUUUCAUGUUUGAUGCCUUUUUGGGGGGAAUGGAAUUUGAUUUAAAUGAUGCAUAAAUUGAAAAAAACUAAAAGUAAGCAGGUCAUUUACAAAACAAGUGCAUGGAGAAAUGAACCAGGAUUGGGAAAACAGUGGAUGCAUGCUUCUUUCUUCGUGUUCUUUUUCCUGUGAAACAAACUUGCUUCAAUAAAUGUUUAAAAAAUUGUU